GCGGGCACACUUCCAGUUCUCCCAGAAGUGGUCGACCAUCCACCUCGUGGCUCAGGAGGUGGUGUCGGAGAUCUAUCUGUUCCUCGACAGCAACAGGCCGUUGUACGUCGAGGGCGGCAUGAUGGCAUGCCAGGGCUUCCUCAAGCGACUGCAGGACAUCGACGCCACCCUGUCUGCGGCAGGGAUUCGCGAGGAGGACCUGGUGGCCGGGGACGAGGGCGGGUGCGAGGCGUUCGACGCGGACCCGAAGCUGCUGCAGAAACACAUCGAGGAGAACGUGUACCAGGUCGAGCAGCCAGGCUGGCUGCGGAGGAAGGCCGCCGACCUCCUCGCCGUCGCCGGCUACGAGGGCCUGCUGGAGGAGGGCCGCCAAGUCCACCUGACCGCCAACGCCGCGUUCGAGCCCGCCGCCCUGAUGACCACGGAGGAGUACAUGCAGAUUCGUUUCGCGCCGCUCCUGAAGCACUACACCAGGCUGAUCAAGGCUACUUCGUCGCUUCGGUCCAGGCUGCAGAUCGUGCUGUUCCUGCUUCUCGGGCUGUGCACGUGGCUGGCCGCCCUGGACAAGCCCGUGUGGAUCCCGGUCUUCCUCGUGGGGGUCGCGGUGCUUGGCGCGUUGAUGCCACCCGCGGAGUCGCUGGCCGCGAUCAACGAUGGGCUCGCCGCGCUCAAGAAUGUCGACCUGCAGUGGCACGGGUGCAGCCUGCUGGAGCAGCGCUCCGAGCGCAUGCAGCGCCACGUGGUCGGCCAGACGGAGGGCGUCUCGCUCGCGGUCGCGUCCGCGCUGGCGCGGGUCCCUCUGCUGCCGAGCGUCGACCUGCUCGGCCGCGGCGGGCCGCCGUGGCAGGGCGGCGCGGAGGAGCGCCCGCGCUCCCGCAGCGGCUGCGGGAGCUCCAGGUCCAGCCACAGCGGCUCCUCGCGCCUCGGCUCCCGCGCCGGCUCGCGCGGAGGCACGCCGCUCUCCUCGCAGCCGCCCUCCGCGCCGGGCACCCCGGGGCCCCCGCGCCGCCCGCCGCGGCACACCUCCAGGGGCAGGCGGGCGUGA